AUGUCUCCCACUUUGUGCUUCUCAAAUAAAGUUUUGAUAUCUUUUCAUUAUUUCCCGUUGAUAUUUUUUUCAUUCUUCUUUUGUAUUUGCAAAGUUUUACAUUUACUGUAUUGUGCAAUAUAUUUGAUAAAUAAUUGCACUUUUGAAGGAAUUUCGAAGAUAUCUGUUUUAUUUCUUUUCUUCUUCGUCCAUUUGCCAUCAUUCUUGCUUUCUUCAGUUACUUCUUUUCGCGUUUUUAUUAUUAUUUAUCGAGUUCUUUAUGUCAUCUUUCUCUUUGCCUUUCCAUGCCUGCCAAUUUUUUUGGCGGCAUUUUCCCUCUUCACACCCUCCAGAAAUUUCCCGCUUUUUUCCCGCCCCCUAAAACCAACUCGAUUUGCCACCUCGAUUUUUCUGCUUUUCGUUCCUAUUCACAGUCAUUUUGCGCCGGUUUUCUCCAUCCCACCUUUCAUUCGUUCGGUCUUCUUCCGUUCAAUAGAGUCAUUCCUUUUUGUAUCGUUGUUUAUCUUCUUUCCUUUUUUCAACAUACGUUUCUUUUUUCUUUCCUUUUUCCCACCCCUCUCUCUCUCUAAAUACGGAUCGAUUGAUCGAUUUUUAAACCUAUUUCUAUUUCGCAUUUUUUUUCUGUCUGUCUCUUAUAGACCAUCAUUUAUGGCAUGA